GGGGCUGGGGGCUACGCCCCCUCCCCCAACACAGCUUCAGUUUCCGGGGGGGGUUGACACCCCGGAUUACAUUCUCCCCCCGUACCAAGCCGCGGGCAACAUUGGAGCCCCCCUGGAAGGUGCCAGGAUCCAGAAUCUCCUGCAGCGGCCUCACUGCCGAGAACAACAGCCCGACGGGCGUCCUGCCGCCACGCCCCUGGCCGCCCACGCCCACGCGACCCCUCCCGGCUCCCUGCGGUCUGGCCAAUGGUGGAGCUACGAAUGGCACGACCUGCUCAGGCCCGGCAGUCGCCACUCGCACCGAGCUUGGAAGACUGGAAAGACUGUUGGAGGGGGAGGCGGGGAGAGGGUGCUGGAGGCUCUGGGGAGAUGGCUUCUGCACCCCUUCCAGCCUCCCUCUUUCCCUGGAGUCGCCGAGCCGCAGCGCAGCCAAUUGGCUCGGGGAUAUGGCGGGCUGCCGCUUCCCUGUGGGUCUAUGCGGCACUCUUGCCUGGUGACUGACGCCUUGGAAAGGAGGUUUAUGACGUCAUUGCAUCGGCCGACCAAUGGAAAAGGCUCCCGCGGAGAAGCGUUCCACCCCUUUCGACUUGGCCUCUUCACGCGCGUGAGCGAGCGAGUGCGCGCGGAGGGGGUGGGGGAACUCUCGGGCAGGGUGGCGCGCAUGAGCGGCGAGGCUCCUCCCCCCCGCCUAUAUAUAAAGGGCUGGCGCGGAGCUCGGCGGCGCCAUUUCGCGCUGGAGUGGAGCAGCCUCUAGAACGAGCUGGAGGAUUCUGCCUACAGAAACAGAGCUUUCGAGUCGUCGGGGGCCGCCAUUACAAUCCACGUCCAUCCACUUGGAAAUGGCCUUCGGCUCGGCCUAUGACCGGUCCCAGCGGACAGUACAGACCCUAUAGAAGCCCCCGGAGCUCCCCUUUUUCGGGCCCCGCCCAAUCCUCGGAGUCUGUCCAUCCCCUCUACUCCGCCCUCAAGAGGAUUUCAAAGAUGGAGGCGGCGGCUCCCUAAACCACUUUUCGUGUUCAUCCGCCUCCAUCCGAGGUCGAAACGGGACUUCGUCCAUCCCGGACGAUCCCGACAGGAAGCGGGGACCCCUGCAAACCAGCAGCGGGCUGUAUUGUCGGCGGUGUCUGGGAUCGGGGCCGUCUUUGGGUUUGAAGAGCGCGUCCCCCGUUGCUCGCCCGCCUGAGCUGAGGCCGCCGCCAUUUUCUUGCUGUCUGCCGCCUGCGAAGCGCGCCAAGCUGCCGGGAGCUCUCCGAGAGGUAGCGGAGGAGACUGUGCGUGUGCCAGCUCGGCGGAGGGGUUAUCGCCUGGAGGGCCGACGGCAGCGGCCUCCCCCCCACUUCCCGGGUUAUGCCGGGCCGGGCGGUGAGGGGAACCGAGGCCACCCGGACUUUCUGCGGCUGAGGGCAGCGCCGGUUCCCCGCGGUCAAGAUGUUGCAAAACGUGACUCCCCACAACAAGCUCCCAGGGGAAGGGAAUGCAGGGUUACUGGGGCUGGGUCCAGAGGCAGCAGCACCAGGGAAAAGGAUUCGAAAGCCCUCCCUGUUGUAUGAGGGAUUUGAAAGCCCUACGAUGGCUUCAGUGCCGGCUUUGCAACUGACCCCUGCCAACCCACCACCCCCGGAGGUGUCUAAUCCCAAAAAGCCAGGACGAGUCACCAAUCAGCUUCAGUACCUGCACAAGGUGGUGAUGAAGGCUCUAUGGAAACAUCAGUUUGCCUGGCCAUUCCGGCAGCCUGUGGAUGCUGUCAAAUUGGGUCUUCCGGACUAUCACAAAAUUAUAAAACAGCCUAUGGACAUGGGUACUAUUAAGAGGAGACUUGAAAACAAUUACUAUUGGGCUGCCUCUGAGUGUAUGCAGGAUUUCAAUACUAUGUUCACCAACUGUUACAUUUACAACAAGCCCACUGAUGACAUUGUCUUGAUGGCACAAACACUGGAAAAGAUCUUCCUACAGAAAGUGGCGUCGAUGCCACAAGAAGAGCAAGAGCUCGUGGUGACCAUCCCUAAGAACAGCCACAAAAAGGGGGCCAAGCUGGCAGCACUCCAGGGCAGUAUUACCAGUGCCCAUCAGGUGCCUGCCGUCUCUUCUGUGUCCCACACAGCCCUGUAUACUCCACCGCCUGAGAUACCUACCACCGUCCUCAACAUUCCCCAUCCAUCAGUCAUCUCUUCUCCCCUCCUCAAGUCCCUGCACUCUGCUGGCCCUCCGCUCCUUGCUGUCUCCGCAGCUCCUCCAGCUCAGCCUCUUGCCAAGAAAAAAGGGGUUAAGCGGAAAGCAGAUACUACCACCCCUACACCUACAGCCAUCCUGGCUCCUGGUUCUCCAGCUAGCCCUCCUGGGGGUCUUGAACCUAAAGCAGCAAGGCUUCCCCCCAUGCGCAGAGAGAGUGGCCGCCCCAUCAAGCCCCCACGCAAAGAUUUGCCUGACUCACAGCAGCAACACCAGAGCUCUAAGAAAGGAAAGCUCUCCGAACAGUUAAAACAUUGCAAUGGCAUUUUGAAGGAGCUACUCUCUAAGAAGCAUGCUGCCUAUGCCUGGCCUUUCUAUAAACCCGUGGACGCUUCUGCUCUCGGCCUGCAUGACUACCAUGACAUCAUUAAGCACCCCAUGGACCUCAGCACUGUCAAGCGGAAGAUGGAGAAUCGUGACUACCGAGAUGCACAGGAGUUUGCUGCUGAUGUGCGGCUUAUGUUCUCCAACUGCUACAAGUACAAUCCUCCCGACCACGACGUUGUGGCCAUGGCCCGGAAGCUACAGGAUGUAUUUGAGUUCCGUUAUGCUAAGAUGCCAGAUGAACCACUGGAACCAGGGCCUUUACCAAUCUCAACUGCCUUGCCCCCUGGCCUGGCCAAAUCCUCUUCAGAAUCCUCCAGUGAGGAGAGUAGCAGUGAUAGCUCCUCUGAGGAAGAGGAGGAGGAUGAGGAGGAGGAGGAAGAAGAGGAGGAGAGUGAAAGCUCGGACUCAGAGGAAGAAAGGGCCCAUCGUCUGGCAGAACUACAGGAACAGCUGCGGGCAGUACAUGAACAGCUGGCUGCCCUAUCCCAGGGCCCAAUAUCUAAGCCCAAGCGGAAGAGAGAGAAAAAGGAGAAAAAGAAGAAACGGAAGGCAGAGAAACAUCGAGGUCGAACUGCAGUUGACGAAGAUGACAAGGGGACUCGGGCACCCCGCCCACCUCAGCCUAAGAAAUCCAAGAAAGCAAGUGGUGGUGGGGGUGCCGGUGCUGCUGCACUAGGGCCCCCUGGCUUUGGACCUUCGGGAGGAAGUGGCACCAAGCUCCCCAAAAAGAGCACAAAGACAGCUGCACCUGCCCUGCCCACGGGUUACGAUUCAGAGGAGGAAGAAGAGAGCAGACCCAUGAGUUACGAUGAGAAGCGGCAGUUGAGCCUGGACAUCAACAAGUUACCUGGGGAGAAACUCGGUCGAGUUGUACAUAUCAUCCAGGCCAGGGAACCCUCUUUACGUGACUCAAACCCAGAAGAGAUAGAGAUAGACUUUGAGACGCUCAAGCCCUCCACUCUGAGAGAGCUUGAGCGCUACGUCCUUUCAUGCCUGCGAAAGAAACCCCGGAAGCCCUACACCAUUAAGAAACCUGUGGGAAAGACAAAGGAAGAACUGGCUUUGGAGAAAAAGCGAGAACUAGAAAAGCGGUUACAAGAUGUCAGCGGGCAGCUAAAUUCUACCAAAAAACCCCCUAAGAAAGUGAGUGAGAAAACAGAGGCAUCUUCUGCACAGCAAGUGGCAGUGUCACGGCUCAGUGCUUCCAGCUCCAGCUCAGAUUCCAGCUCAUCCUCUUCAUCUUCCUCUUCUUCAGACACCAGUGAUUCAGACUCAGGCUAAGGGGCCAGGCCAGAUGGGGCAGGAAGGCUCCGCAGGACCGGACCCCUAACCCACCCUGCCCCGCCCCUUUCUUCUUGGUGUGACACUUCUUCAUCUCACCUUCCCUCCCCCCCUGUAGGAGAGCUGGCUCUGCAGGGGGGAGGGAUGCAGGGACGUUGCUGAAGGAGGAGCAUGGACAGCAUACUAUUGAAAUCCCAGCCCCAUUGGGAGCACAGAGCCGCCCCCCCCCCCCCCCAGCUCAGAAUUCCUGGGAUGGGGCAGGGAUGCAGGGUGGGAGUGGGCAACAGCCCUAUUUGGGAUUACCUAAGGCCAUGGCUACCCUGUUCACUUCUAAGGACCCUGUUGUGAGGUUGAUUGUUCUAAUUUAUUUUAAGCUAGGUAAGGCUGAGGGGGUUACGGCCAUGAUCCCCCUUAGCCUCCAUGGGGAGGGGAGAAGGGGGAGCGCUUUUUUUUACGUUGACUUUUUUUUUUUUUUUUCUACUGUUUUCCCUUUUUCCUUCCGCACCAUUUGGGGCCCUGGGAGUUUCAGUCAUCUCCCCAUUUGGUCCCCUGGACUUUCUUUGUCUGUUGAUUCUAACUUGUAAAUAAAGAAAAUAUUAUUCAA